AUACGUAAACAAAAUUAAAACCGCAAAAUCCAUUUUCCGGCGAAUUCAAUGCGUAUGGCGAUGUGAUAUUUUUUACAAUUCAAUACUCAGUAAGGAUGCGAUUGUUAUUAUUGGUAGUUCUUGCUGUAGCAGGGCUGGCGCAAAAAGAUCCUCACUUUCUGGAAGGAAGGAACACCAUCGUCCACCUGUUCGAAUGGAAAUGGGUGGACAUCGCCGCCAAGUGCGAGAACUUCUUAAGCAAAAAGAAAUUUGGAGGGAUCCAGGUAUCGCCACCGAACGAAAACGUCAUCAUUAGAAGUCCAAACAGACCCUGGUGGGAAAGGUACCAGCCCGUCAGUUACAUACUGAAGACCAGAUCUGGGGAUGAAAAAGCAUUCGCAAACAUGAUCCGAAGGUGUAACCAAGCGGGCAUAAGGAUUUAUAUCGACCUGAUAAUCAACCACAUGGCUGCCGCUUCUGGGACAGGUACUGCAGGCAGUAGUUGCGAUUCUGGAAGCAAACGGUAUCCGGCCGUUUCGUAUAGCAACGAAAACUUCCACCCCAGUUGCGCCAUUAACUUCAACGACUCUACUUCCAUAAGAAACUGCGAACUCGUAGGGUUGAAAGAUCUCGACCAAUCGCAUGAAUACGUCAGAGGAAAGAUCAGGGACUACAUGAACCACUUGAUCGCUCUGGGAGUGGCCGGUUUCAGGGUUGACGCCGCGAAACACAUGUGGCCGGAGGAUUUGGAGGCCAUCUUCAACAGCGUCGACAACUUGAACUCCGAGUUCUUCGGCGACGGUGCCAGAGCCUAUUAUUACCAAGAGGUGAUCGAUUUGGGUCUCGACCCCGUCCGUGCCAGCGAAUACGUAGACACCGGUCGGGUGAUCGAAUUCAAACAUGGCGCUGAGCUAGGUAGGGCUUUUAAGGGAAAUAACCCGUUGCACUGGCUGAGAAACUGGGGCACCGGAUGGGGUUUAAUCAACGGUUCCAACGCUCUGGUCAUGAUCGAUAAUCACGAUACUCAGAGAAGCGGCGAUAGCAACAUUCUCAAUUACAAGGAUGGGAAGAUUUACAAGGCAGCUACAGCGUUUAUGUUGGCCCAUCCUUAUGACGCCACCACGCAGGUCAUGUCCAGCUUUGCAUUUGAGAAUAACGACGACGGCCCGCCAAACAACAACGGUGAACUGAUCUCGCCUGCAUUCACCGAUGACGGUACAUGCACCAACGGCUGGAUAUGCGAGCACAGGUGGCGCCAAGUCUUCAACAUGGUACAAUUUAGAAGCGUCGUAAUAGGAACCGGACUCAACGACUGGUGGGACAACGGAGACAAUCAGAUCGCUUUCAGCAGAGGAAACAAAGGAUUCGUGGCGUUCACCAUCUCAGGCGACAUUAACCAAAGCAUUCUGACCAAUCUCUCUGCCGGAACUUACUGUGACGUCGUUUCCGGUCAUUUGAAGAAUGGCACGUGUACUGGGAAAUCUGUCAAUGUCGACGAAAACGGACUGGUUCAAGUUUACUUGCGGUUCGAAGAAGAUGAUGCUGCUAUGGCCAUCCACGUAGAUGCUAAGAUUUAAAUUAGAUUAGAAUAAUCGUAAUCCAAUUACACUGUAUUAAAUUUU